GCAAGCCUCGUGCUAUAAAAGGCACAUCAAGCUAGAACUUGGCUAUUCGAAAAGAACUGUUUGGUGUCUGUUCCAUCUAAAAAAGGAUUAUCAAGGAAAUAAACUCACAAAAGCACACUAAUUACAUAACUUCGGUUCAAAGCACCAUGGUGAGACAGAGCAUACAGAUGACCAGCAAUUCCCGGCAGCCGCCCCUGAGGUGCAAGACGUUCUCGGGCAUGAGGCAGCACCAGCUCAUCCUGCAGGCCCUCAGCAAGCUGCAGCAGAGCGGCUUCUACUGGGGGGCCAUCAGUGGGCGCGAGGCCCAGUCGCUGCUGGAGGCCCAGUCGGUGGGCACCUUCCUGCUGCGCGACAGCUCCGACGCGCGCCACUUCUUCACCCUCACCGUCAAGAUGCAGCAGGGCACCAAGAACCUGCGCGUGCAGUGCGACUCCAGCAGCUUUUGGCUGGAGUCGGACCCCCACAACCAGACCGUGCCCCAGUUUGACUGCGUGCUGAAGAUGAUCCACUACUACAUGCCAGAAGGGGACUCGCCCUCCUGUUACAUCUCCUCCAACGGAGGGAAGAUCCCCCUGACCCUGCACAGGCCCCUGACCUGCGGCCUCACCUCGCUCCAGCACUUGUGCCGCAAGACCGUCAACGGCCACCAGGACGUGUGCGUCGAGCGUCAGCGCCUACCUCACAUACUCCAGGACUUCCUAAAGAAAUAUGACGCGCCCAUCUAAUGGACACUUGAACAAAACGCGUGAGCAUACAUGAUAAGACGUUUAUGGCCUGGACUGAGUCAACAGGCGGUGAUGACAGCGCGGUUCUCGCUAAUUUCUCAAAAAUGGAGAACAGACCAAUGACAGAGAGGCACUGAAGCAGAGAGUUCCAGGGAACUUGCGGUGUAUGCCUCACUUAGCGCGCUGUGGUUGUUGGUUGCCAUGGUAUCAGGAUUAGACUGGAAGUUGGUUGGAAAAACACCUCAGCAUUUCCAAGUAAAUGUUUGUGCGCGUGCCAGAAGAAGACUGCUGAAUACACACCCACUCAUUCAGACACUUUCCCGUUAAGGCAACAAUGAUCUAGAGACUCGGUACUUGCCUGGGGGUGGCACCAGGCUCAUGUAAACACUCACACACACAGAGAAACGCAACGAACUUCAAACCAAGGGAACAAGAAGAAGCAAAGACAGGGCUGUGCACAGGUGCACAAAUUGAUCUGUGGCCUUAAAUAUCAGUGGACUUCCAACAGCAGAUGUUCAAUGAUUCAGCAACGGGAGCGGGACAUGCAUCACCCCCCCUGUGAGACUGAACGGAAAAAAGAAUCAGGGACUUCAAAAGACUUAUGAACCAAAAGUGUCUAGACUGCCAGUAGUCAGGAAAUCACCUGCCAUUGUCCAGAACAUGAAUACACAGAAGUGUAUUGUGUCUUUUGGAGUAUGUUUGUUUGAUGCUGCAGACGACUGAAUGUAUUAACUGAGGGGAGUUACUUACUCAGAUAGAAGACUCCAUUUUGAGUCCUUCUGUCUUCUAAUGUUUACAUGUUAAAAAAAAACUUCAGCUUCUCUUUACGUCAUGGGAGAAACUGUGGUGACGCUUGACUGAAAUGACUUUGCACUUACUUUAUUUAUGAAACAUUUGAAUAAUUUAUAUUAAAGAGCACUAUUUUCAUAGAAAAUAUUAA